GACUUCUGUUAAUCAAUCAAUAAAAUAAUAACAUUCCGAACUUAACUGCUUUACACGCUGCUUUGUGCUGAUCUCAUCACAUUAACACCACCGGAUUCAGAUAAACGUACCACAGCCAGUGUGUACAACGCAACAGCAUCACCGGUAUCAAAGAGCACGACCUCACCAAAAACCACGACCACGACACAGCGACACCCCCUCCUUGUAGGCCGUCAUAUUUUCGGCAAACACUCUACGCAACACUGGCCUGGGGGGGUGAACUUCACCCUCUCCGGCGUCGGUCGGCUUGCCGAGGGCGCUGAGUAGAGACCGGCAGGCAGGCAGGCAGGCGUCCUUCGUGGCUAUUUCACUUGUAGCUUGAACCUCGAGCAGAGCGGACGGUGCUGCUAGGAGGCAAGAAGACAGACGAUCGUUCUAUGGCGUUCGAAGCGAUCUAGUGCUAAUCGUGCCUGCGUGCGUGCGUUUUGUCGCCUUGGGUGGUGCUGUGUAAGGAGUAUUUCCAUCCACAAGAGUGUCCGUAGUAGUGGUAGUAGUAGCCGCUGUCGCGCUAGAGCGAAAGAGUGCAAAGUUCAAUCGUUCAUGCCGGUCCGAUCGUGGAUCGUGUUGGUGCCACAGAUCAUCGCCGGGUUCUGCAGCAGAACCAAGCCUUCGUUACCCAGUAGUGUGUAGUGGUCGUGACCGUUUUGUUGUUUGAGUGACAAAGUUUAUUGAGCUGUUAUUGUUGUUAUUGUCGUGCGCCAUAACUCGGUCACAAACGUCCCUCCCUUUAACGCUUAUCAACUCAACGACGACGACGCCACCAGCAACAUGCUGAUACCGUGGCACAUGGCGGUCGGGGGGCUGGCACUGAUCGGUGUGUGGGCACUCGCUUGGUUUCUGUACGACAACCUUAAAUCGCUCACCCAAAUCUGUGUGGCCCUACUGGCACCUUACUUUGCGCCGGCCGAACACAAAUCGCUGAUCGAGCGGUUUGGCAAAUGGGCAGUCAUAACCGGGUCCACCGAUGGCAUCGGUAAGCACUACGCUUUCCAGCUGGCCAGCCGUGGCCUCAACGUGGUGCUCGUCUCACGCUCCACCGAGAAGCUUGUUGCCGUGGCCCAAGAAAUCGAAUCAAAGUACUCGGUCAAGACAAAGUGGAUCGCAAUAGACUUCAGUAGCACGAAGCGCGAGAUUUACGACCAGCUGCGCAAGGAACUUGACACCAUACCCGUCGGCAUUCUAGUGAACAACGUUGGUGCAAACAUCGACUAUCCGGACGAUCUUGAUCACAUCCCGGAGGAGAAACUGUGGCAGCUGAUCAACAUCAAUGUCGGUGCGGUGACGAUGCUCACCCGGAUGGUGCUGCCGGGCAUGAAGAAGCGCCACCAGGGUGCGAUCGUCAACAUUUCCUCGGGCAGCGAACUGCAACCACUGCCCUACAUGACGGUUUAUGCGGCCACUAAGGCUUACAUCCACAACUUUACGCUAGCGAUGCAGCAUGAGCUGGAACCGUUCGGUAUCACCUGCCAGCUGGUUAGCCCGAUGUUUGUGACGACCAAGAUGAACAACUUCUCUACAACGAUCAUGGAGGGUGGACUGUUCAUACCAAACGCCGAGAUGUACGCCAAGUUUGCCACUUUUACGCUCGGUAAAACGAAACAAACUACCGGGUACUGGUCGCACGGUAUACAGUAUGGAGUAAUGAAGCUAGCACCGGAAUGCAUCCGGACAAUGAUAGGCGGACUGAUGAACAAGCAGUUCCGCAAGGAAUACUUUGAACAGCAGCGAUCUUCUGCAGUCGCACAGUCCGGAUGAGGACGCAGAAUUUCGGAACCGUCCAUCGCUAAGCAUUUGCAAAUCGGUGUGCCGCAACUCCGGUGGUGGUGCACCUUCAGGUUAGCUUAGAAUUAGGUUAAUGUUGCCCAUUUUCAUAGACUGAGGUUUUAGGAACAGUUUGCUGGUGCUAGUCAGCAACACACUUAGGAGAAACCUGAAACGCAUUUCAUGUAUGUCUUAAGUUUGGGUUUGUUGGCGGCGACCAUGGCGCAGUUGUUAUAAAACAUAAUAAAUAUGGAUAGUCGCAUCUCCUACUCAUUCGAGUU